UCCUGCUUCUUUUACUCCCAACCUUUCUCAUUCCCUUCUCGUCUCUCAAAGGCUCCUCUCUCUCUCUCUCUCACAGAUGGCAACUAAACUAGCUGAUCCAGAUGCUGCAGGAGCACUGAGAUACCAGACCUGGGCCUUGAAAGUUUUAAUCCAUUGUGAAGGCUGCAAGAAGAAAGUCAAGAAAGUUCUUCAAGGCAUUGAUGGUGUUUAUGAGACGACCAUAGAUUCUCAACAGCACAAGGUGACAGUUACUGGCAGCGUGGAUGCAGAAACUCUCAUCAAGAAGCUAACCAAGUCGGGGAAACACGUUGAACUUUGGCCAGAAAAGCCUGAAAAGAAAGAGAAAAAGCCUGGAAAGCCAAAGAACAAUGAGAAACGAAAAGACGGCGGAGAAGCUGGUGGUGAUCAAGACCCGAAGAAAAAUUCAGAAGAAAAGCCUGACUUAGCCGCUGCCAAAAAUGGCGGUGCGGGUGGUGGUAAAGGCCCUGCUAGAGAUGAUCAGCCUCCAGCAGGGGACCAAAUGGGAAGUGAAAGCGAGGAACCAGUCACUGCCGAAAGUGGUGGUGGUAAUGGAGGUAAAAAGAAGAAAAAGAAAGGGCAACAAGGGGACCCUGGUCCCACCGAUGAUGCGCCCGGAGAUAACCUAUCAGCUGCUCUGGCCCUUCCAGAACAGGCCCCACCAAUGGCAUCAAUGAAUCUGAGCCCUCCAAAUCAGCCUGUGUAUCCAUACCCACCUAUGUACUAUGGACCUCCAUUGUAUGGAGUAAGUUACAACACGACUUACCCUAGCUCAAGCUCUUCAUGUUACGCGCCUGCCAUGCAUGCUAAUGCAUACGGACCACCACCUCCACCGUCUGAUCCAAUCGAAAAAUUCAAUGAAGAUGAUGACUACGAUGAUGAUGAAAGUGGGUGCUCAAUCAUGUGACAAAAUGUUGAAGAAAUCGAGUACAUUAGAUUGUUAUGUUUGUUUUAAGUUGUACUUGUAUGGGGAGGGAUUAAUUUUGUGAGAUGCAAAUAAAGUAAAAAAAUAUUAAUUAAACUAGUACUUUGCUGGGGAGAAAUAUAAAGUUGUUUUUAUCGCGGUUCCAAGGGUUUUAUAGUUAUUAGCUUGUCUUUAUUUAGGUUAUGUGUAAUUUUGCAUUUGUUAUAGGUUUCGUUAAGCAGGUUAUAUAGCCUUUUAAGGGGUUUGGUAGUUGCUAUUGUAGGACCUCAAAAUCUAUCCCCUUUCCCUCUUUCUUAUGUGUAAAGGAGAAUUUUGU